ACACUAAGAGAUGUGAGGUUUUGUCUUGAGAAAAUGGGGUUUAGGUUUUUCUUUCAAGUUUGUUUUUGCUUUGUUUUGAUUGCGGGAGGGUUUUGUACCAGGAAAAAGCUGUUGGAGUCGCAUCCUUUUGGAAGAGGAAGUAGUUCUGUUCGUGGUUUGCAUUCUAAGCCAGGUUCUGGACUGCGCUUGGGUCAUGGUACUCCUGUUGUUGAGUUCCGGGCUGUAUCUUCACCAACUUCUGUUACAGUAUUGUGCAAUGAAGCUGAUCUGGAAGUGACUGUAAACAAAGAUCUUUUUGGGACUGGACAUCUGGUAAAGGAGGCUGACCUUAGUCUGGGAUCUGUGGGCUGUACCCCUACCUCAGUGAGUGACAUGACUAUAGUAUUCCGGUAUGAACUCCAUGAGUGUGGAAGCUCUUUAAAAAUGACUUUGGAUUCCUUUGUGUAUAGCACAAGCCUAUACUACACUCCAACAACUAGCCUAGUCAUCAUAAGAACAAAUGAUGCUGUGGUUCCAAUUCACUGUUAUUAUCCAAGGAAGGAAAAUGUAAGUAGUAAUGCAAUUCAGCCCACGUGGGUCCCAUUCAGAUCAACCGUGUCUUCAGAGCAAAGAAUGAACUUCUCCUUGAGACUUAUGAAUGAUGACUGGAGUGCUCAGAGGGAUUCCACAGAAUUCUAUUUGGGUGAUGUGCUUCACAUCGAAGCUUCUGUCUCUACAGAAAACCAUGUACCUCUGCGACUCUUUAUUGACAGCUGUGUGGCAACCCUGCAGGAAGAUGAGACUUCUACUCCCAAAUAUCCCAUCAUUGAUAAUUAUGGUUGCUUCACAGAUGGCAGAUCUUCUGAAUCUUCCACUUUCAUAGCUCCAAGGAUUAAAGAUGAUAAACUCCGCUUUGACUUGUUGGCCUUCAGGUUCUUCAAGGACUCCAGGAACUUGAUCUACAUAACCUGCCACCUUAAAGCUGUGAGUACUUCUCAGAUACUAGAUUCUACAAAUAAGGCUUGUUCCUUCACUAAAAACGUAUGGUCUGCAGUAGAAGGUUUCAGUAGUAUUUGCAGAUGUUGCGAGACUGGAAAUUGUGGAAAUCUACCUUUUAGACGACUACACAAGAGAGAUGCUUUGAAGGCAUCUCAGGCAGAUGUUCAUCUUGGUCCAGUUGUGAUUAAAAACCCACUUGCUGAAGGAAAAUCUACUUUCAAAGAAGGCCACCCCAUUCUGCAGAAGUCUUAUGGUUCUGCUCUCGAAGCAAUGUCUUUCGCCAUCCUUGCACUUGGGAUAGUAACUUUCUUUGCUGCCUUGGUGGUCUACAUGAAACGCGAAGCACUGAAGUAACUACAGAAUGCAAAACUUUAGCACUGAAAUGUUUCCAAUAAUAAAUAAAUGUUUAGCAAAAAUA